AUGCAUCAAUGUACUUGUGGUCAAGUAUACGACUUUCAACAGCAAGUGAUUGCCUGUCAAAAGGCGGCACAUUAUGGUUUUGUUGCAUCUGAUGUGGUUCAAAAUCGAAAUGAUUAUACCACAGUAUCGGCUGCAUAUAGCAAUACCUUUUGUCCUACACCCGGUCAAAAUGACAGUCGUCUGACUACAAUGUCGGCUACACAUGAGAAUUAUGGUCAACAAGGUCUUCAAAAUGAUCGAUUUCAAUCUAACUCUGCUCCAAACAUACUUUCGGUUGUUGCUGAUCAUCAGUAUUAUAUUUCAAAUUUAACAAACAAUCUUGUAUCUGGAAACAUGACGAAAGAAGAAUGGAUCAGCAAAGUGCAACAAGCAACAAAUACAAUAAUCAAUAAAGUCCAACAAAUGGACAUUUAA